UGAUGCAAUUUCAUGUUUAAAAUGCAUUACUGAUUCGGAAAUGAUCUCUGAGUCGUUGAAAAAAUUAUUCACAGUUACUAGAUGAUUUUAAUACUAUAUAAUGGACUAGGCUGUAUAACAAAGUUAAGCGUUAAAGUUAACUCUUAUAUAUUAAGUUUUUUUAUUAUAAUUAGCCACAUUAGAAACUAGCUGUGACUAAUGAGAAGAAAAGUGAGCCGACGAGGACGUCUUAUGAAUAACACAUUUUGCUGUGAACGAGUAAUGAGAUAAAACUCUCAUUAACUGAGUUUUCGAUGAACUGUAAAUAUUCGAAAUAUAAUAUCAUUAUUUUAGUUUCUUUAAAUAUACAUUGAUCGUAAAUUUAAAUGUUUUUUCAUUAUCCUUUAUAACAGUGCUUUAAAAUAUUCUGCAGAGUUGAAGAUGUCACAUAUAAGCAAUCCUAGUAUUGAAUUUGGUUUGAAGUUUUUGAAAAAAAUUAAUUCUGCAUCUGAUUCAACCAACUUACUUUUGUCACCAUUAAGUGUUAUCAUUGCCUAUUGUAUGGUAUUGGAAGGAGCCGCUGGUGAAACAGAAAAACAAAUCAAAGAAGUUCUAGAUUUGGAUGAAAUUGAUAACCAACAUGGAGGUAUUUCUGAAAUAAUCAAACAGCUGUUAGAAAGCUAUAAAACAAAUAAAAAUUGCAUUCUAGAGUUUGGCAAUUUACUUGUGGGCAACACAAUAUUCAAGCUAAAAGAUACUUUUGUUCAAAGCUUACAAACUAACUAUUCUGCCGAUGCAUUCAAUGAGGAUUUUAAUAAUAAUGGAAAAAAUGUCAUGGAAAAAGUCAACUCUUGGGUUUCCGAAAAUACAAAAAAUAAAAUUGCAACUAUUCUCAACGAACCGCCAAACCCUGAUGCUGUUUGUUUGCUAUUAAAUGCAAUUUAUUUCGAAGGUAGCUGGUUGAACCCUUUUCCUAAAAGGUGUACACAUGAUAAGAUAUUCAAUAAUUCAGAUGGAUCAACAACUAAGGUUAAGAUGAUGCUGCAUGCAGGUAGAUACCACUUUUUAGAAUCUCCUGAAAAAAAAUUAAAGAUUGUCGAGAUUCCAUAUGGUGAAAAUAUGAGCAUGAUAUUGGUCCUACCAAUUGGUGACAACAAUCUAAAAAAGAUGGUCGAUAAUUUAGACUCGGCUGAGCUUUCCAGAUUGAUAGACUCCAUGACAAGAACGCGUUUGGAUAGUUUGAUGAUACCAAAAUUCAAACUGGAAGACAAACAUCAAUUGCACGAAAUUUUACCAAGCAUGGGAAUGAUUCUACCAUUCGACCGAAUGAGUGCUGAAUUUCCCAAAAUUACUGAAAGAUUAGUAUACAUAUCGCAAUCAAUACAAAAAGCUUUAAUUGAAGUCACUGAGACUGGUACCGUAGCAGCUGCUGUAACUAAAAGUGCAUGCACGUCCGCACGUGCACCAUCAAAAGUCAUUAAUUUCAUUGCGGAUCGGCCAUUUCUAUUUUUCAUUCGUGAUAAUCUGACAAAUGUCAAUCUAUUCAUGGGGCAAUUGAAUAAUAUGUCUUCUAUCCAGUCGCUCUGAAAAGUCAUAUAACCUUACUUUCUCUGCACUUAUUAUUAUUAUAGAAUCAAAAUUUACACGAUCUAUUGAGAAUAUGUAUAUUUAAUCAUGACAUUUUGACAUUCAUUCGCUAUCAGCAAAAUCGUUAUAUCAAUUAUCUUUCAAUCAUUCCAAUGAAAAUUUACAAUUUCAAUGUAAACAGUUGUUAUACAAUACAAACGAAUGCAUUGAGUUUGACGGUGCUUAGUUUGACAAUUAGGCAUUACACUUAUAUUCAUCUAUCACACCAAUGGGAAUUAGAUGCGCAAAUAAAAUCAAAAGAGCCGUCAAAAUCAAUGCAUUCGUUUGUAUAUGGUAUUAAUACAUGGUUGUUAUUUAAAAGAAACAAUUGUCACCUUUAUGCAUAGAUUGACACAAAUGUGCAAAAAAAACGUUAAAAUUAAUUUCCUUUAAAUUUAGAUAAUGUUGGUCUGUAGGAACAUAAGAGCUGAGUCCAUUUGUGAUGGACAGUUUUCGAGAAAAUCAAGUUCAAAGUUGAAACUUCGAUCGCCUUUUGCACACUAAUGGAAGCAGAUUUUUUCAUGAGACUCAUACUACUGACGUAACUUUUGAUGGUCAACCAGAAAAUGCACUUAUUUUGACAAUUUCUAUUUCUGUUCACCUUCGAUUCAAAUGCAAUUGAAAUCCUUUCAAGUUUACCCAAUUUCGUUACUAAUUACAUGGUAAUCAAGAUAAUGGAAUCAGACUAAACAUUCAAUAAAGCUGAAGGUCUGUUUUUAUAACGUUAGGUUAAUUGUUUGUCUUUGUGAACAUUCAAGUAACUCAAUUGAACUAAUGGUUGCUACCAAUUUAAUAAUAAUUUUGUGAGUCUGUAAUAUCAAACAACUUGAUACUCGAUAGAUAUUCAAUUAAAACUCACGGAUGACUAAAUAAAAUAUGAAUUGUUUCUUUUAAAAAACUUGCAUUAGAAUUGAAUGUCCAAAGAAAAAGUAUAUUAAAGUUAUCCUUUUUUGAUAAACAAUUGAUUAUCUUUCACCCAAUGUGUAAAAUAAUUGCUACAGAAAAAUGAAUUAAGACGAACAACUUGGAACUCGCACAGCGUUUACAGUAUCAACCCUUUUCAUGUUGUUUAUCAACCAAGCAUGAUUACGAGAGUCAGUCAGAUAUCAAGCCAUCCUUGAAAAACAAAAUGAGAUAAAAUUUCAACCAUUAGAGGAAGUAAAGGUUUAAGACCAAGAAAACCUUGUAUUACAAUGCUGUUGAUCCAAGAGAUUCAAUCACUCAACCAAUUUGUUUUUCAAGAAAACGCUUUUGUUGUCUUGCUUUUAAAAUGUAAUAAAAAACUACUCAAUGUAAAC